AUGAUUUUCGCGAACUGGUAUGAAAAGAUUAGACGAUUUUGCCGAGCUUCACGGUAUGCACUUCGACAGAAAAACUUCCAUGAAAUCGAAAAAAAUAUCAGUGAACUUCCAGCAGCGAAUACUGACUUGUCGUAUGACGGAGGUGUCGAGUGCGACAAGACAGAUAUUGAGCACAAGAGCCAAUUCUCCCCACCCUUCGUCAGCUUCUGCCAUACUCCGCCAGUGAGAAGAUUCUACCAUAGUUCGCCAGUGGACAAAUUCAACAAAUCUCCUACCGUCAACUCUCGCACUACCCCGACAACAAAUCUCCUCAUGUGUACUCCUAUCACGCUCUUCAAUCCUGAUGAGCCAUUAAGAAGGAUACACACUACUGCAUUCCUUGGCUGCGGAGCCUCCGUAACGAUGAUCAAAACGCAAAUCGCCACCCACUUAAAUCUGAAGAUAGAAGAACAACCUCUCUCACUGGAAACAUUUGGCAACGAUGAAGACCAAAUUCAUCCGUCAUCGAGGACAACUGUCGGUCUCCUACUGGAAAACGAUGACAGCAUCAUGCUAAAGGUUCGGACACUGUCAUUCUUUACCCAGCCAAUGAAAAUGGGAUUAGCGAAAGACCACAUACAUAGAGAUAUGCCAGCGUGCAGCACCACCACUCAACCAGAAACUUCCAAGCGGAUACGAUCUCGUCCACACCAGACUCGGAAAUAUCAUCAGUGGAAAACCUCUCCAUACUCAUCAAUUUGUUAUGGCGCUAAGCUGUAUCGAUACGCUGGAAAACCCAAUUCAACACCACAAAUUGGAAGAACCGAUACAGAAGUUUUGGUCGCUCAAUCCGUCGGAAUAAUUGACGAUGUCUCUAAAUCCGACGACGAAAGGUGUCUCCAAAAAUUCAACGACACUAUUUACUUCAGCACGGAAGAAGGACGUUAUAUGGUUCGGCUGCCUUCAAAAGAGGACAUUUCACUACUUUCGGACAACUUCAAUAUGGCAAUGUCGCUGCUCAGUUCCACCGUAAACGCUCUCAAAAAACACUACGGCUUACUCGACAAGUAUCACAACAUCAUCAAGGAUCAAUUACAAAAAGGCAUCAUUGAAGAAGUCAAACAAGGCGACACUUCAUCUACAUGCCACUACCUUCCCCACCAUGGAGUCAUAUCUGAAAGCAGCAAGAAUACAAAAUUACGCUGUGUGUAUGAUGGUUCGGCUAAGACGAAAGGAAAGAAAAGUCUCAACGACAUUCUCUUCAGAGGUCUGGUGCUGCUCCCUGAAAUAGCAGGAAUCCUGAUUCGAAUCCGAUUCAUGAACAUCCUUAUCACUGGAGAUAUAUAA